AUGGCCUCAAUCGGCUUGAAUCACCUUUCUCUCCCCCCUAGAGAUGGGCUUGUGUCUGGGCCUCUGUCACCCGCAACACCAUCCACGCCUGGCCUGGCACCCAGAAACUCAAACCCCUUGACCUCCAAAGUCACGAGUGUCCUGUCAACUUCCUAUGCAGAUGCAGAGUUCCGAGAGGCCCUGAAUCUGCUUGAUGAUCGUCGGGUCGGAAACAACCCAGAGACACGCAGACAGCUGCGGUUGGAGAUCCAAAAGGACGUUAUUGAGAGCAAUGGCCAGAUCAUCACAGAAUUUGGCCGCGUCGCAGACCACUUGCGACGCAUCGGAGCCACUAUCGACAAGCUCAACAGAAACUACCACGAGAUGAAAACUCAUGUUACAGCAGCCCACGAAGCUACUUCUUCUACUCUUGAGGAGACUUCAAACCUCAUGGCACAAAAACAAAAGGUGGAAAAGAAGCAGCAAAUCCUGCAAGCUCUUCGAAAUCAUUUUGUGCUGCCCGAAGACGACAUUGCGGCGCUGUGUUCCGCGUCGGAGCCCGUCGAUGAUCGCUUCUUCAUGGUGCUGGCAAAGACCAAGAAAAUUCAAAAGGACUGCGAAUUGCUUCUGGGCUUUGAGAAUCAGACGCUCGGCCUCGAAGUCAUGGAGCAGGCAUCGAAGCACCUGAAUCAGGCCUUUCAGAAACUCUACCGCUGGACGCAGAGGGAAUUCAAGACCCUGAACUUGGAGAAUCCACAGAUCAACUCAUCUGUACGAAGAGCAUUACGUGUCUUGGCCGAGCGGCCCUCUCUGUUCCAAAACUGUCUCGACUUCUUUGCCGAAGCACGUGAACAAAUACUCUCGGACUCAUUCUACCUUGCCCUCACAGGUACCUCCGCAUCUGGGCGGGAGGACCAUUCGGUGAAACCCAUUGACUUGGUGGCACACGACCCUUUACGGUAUGUGGGCGAUAUGCUUGCAUGGACACAUUCAGCUACCGUCAGCGAGAGAGAAGCACUCGAAGUUCUCUUUGUAUCCGACGGCAACGAGAUUGCAAAAGGGCUUCAGGAAGGACGCGAAAACGAACUGUGGAGGCUCAUGGCCGAUGAGGCUGAUGGGUCAUCAGAAUUCGACGCCGUGAAAGCACUCAACGAGCUGGUUGACCGAAACGUAUCUGGAGCUGCGCGUGUUCUCAGGCAGAGAGUCGAGCAGGUCAUACAGACCAAUGAGGACACGAUUCUUGCCUACAAGCUUGCGAAUCUGCUCGGUUUCUAUCGCUUCACGUUUUCCAAGCUCCUGGGCCCCCGGUCUAUACUACUAGAAUCUUUGACAAAUGUAGAGACUGAAGCUCUUCGACAAUUCCGAUCAUUGAUGAGAGAUCACAUCGCCACCUUACAAGGCGAGUUCCAACACACACCGUCUGACCUUGGUCCGCCCGACUUUUUGCAAGAGUCACUCAAACAGUUGAUUGCCAUUAUGAAAACUUAUGAUUCGUCUCUUGCGUCAACUGGAGACAGAGAAUCCGAAUUCCAGCCAAUCCUGAGCGAGUCUUUUGACCCUUUUGUCUCCGGAUGUGAGAAUAUGUCUAGAACUAUCGCUGGCUACUCCAGCUCCAUCUUCCUCAUCAAUUGUCUCCUUGCAGCCAAGGCAGCCCUAGAGCCAUUCGACUUCACCAAGAAGAGAGUACACGACCUCCAACAUACUGUGGAAGAGCAUACGGACAUACUCAUUCAGAGCCAAUACACGUACUUGAAGACUGAGUCGGGAUUGGCUCCCCUCUUUGAUGCAUUAGGGUCGGUAAAGCGCAGCGAGGUUGAUAUCGCCACGGCCAGAAUGAUCGAGGCUCUACAGCCCGGCGCUCUGACAGCAGCCAGCCAAGCUCUGGAUGACUUUCUCCCCUCAGCACUCAUGGACGCAACAGAAAAUCUGCGUCACCUUCAAGACUCGAAACUGGCACGGGAGGUGACCGAAGCAGCAGCAGAAAAGUUCUGCGUAGCUUUUGAGCAUGUGGAAGAGAUACUGAUCGCGAUGGAUGAACUGGCUGAACAGCCGCCGCCGAGUGCUUUAGCAGAUGAGCUUAGCAGCUCGCAGAGCUUGCGCGCAUUGUUCCCCAGGACUACCGGAGAAAUCAGAGUGCUGCUUUCUUAG